AUGAAGAGACUCAUCGAAAUACAGAGGGAAUUGCAAGACUUUGAAUACUGCUAGUAAGAAUUUGAAAAGGGAUUCGGCAACAUAAUUGACUCAAAGCGAGUUUAACAGAGGACAGAAACCAAAACUUAGCAGCCAUCCCCAAUGUCUUCAACAGCAAAGAUUGAAAGUCAUUUUUUCCUGACAAAGCCGCAUUUAAUCGAGCAAAACAAAGUGAUGAGUAGGUUAUCACAGAAACCAUCAGCAAGAGGAUAGAUUUAGCCAAGGGCAAGAACUGGAUUAGAUAGAGUGAGCCAUAACUUCUCAGAAUUAGGCAAAGCACCUCAUGAGAGCUCAGUGAUGAAUAUGACUCAAUCCCAAUUGAAUCAAAUCGUUAGCGCUAAUCAUUUGAAGCUAACCAAUGCUAACAACACUCAGAGCAAAUUAAAAUCUUAAAAGUUGAGCAUCAAUGAGAUGGCUAAAAUGAUGAAGGAUAUAAGUUAGGCAUCUUAUGGCUCAAGCAAGGGUGGAAAUGGAAUGAUCACCUUCGACCUUCAAACUAAACGGCCUGAGUUUGUCCACUAUGCCCCAGCUGUUAAACCUCAUGAUAACAGAUUCCUUAAUAUAAAUCUUGAUACUCUAGCUCUCUCCAAAAAUUAAAGACCUAAGUCCUUAGAUUUCUCGAAAUAACUUGAUAGAAAAAGUGAUUACCUGGUUAGUAAAUCUUAACUUGAUGAUAAUGGUACAAAAGUAACGCAAGAUGAUGAAAGAGAGUUAAAUAAUCCCUACCAGUAUGCUAAGUUCAGGAAGUAUCAUCCAGCAAAUGACAUUACGAAAGUAUUACAGAAACGUAUGACUCAUCUUAUCUUAACCCAUAAUAUAGCCUUGAGAAAUUACUCUAUUUAAAUGGAUAAGGGACUGCCAAGACAGUUCUUAGUAGAUGAGAAAAAAGUGAGGUAGCAGGGAGGAAGACAAUUUACCUCUGAAGAAAUUAUUAGCGCCUACAACAAUCAAGGUCAUGUUACUAAAGGAGAUCCUGAAUGCACUUUACCUUACUUUAUGCAGAACUAUUCAAACAGACAGAGUCUAUAAUUGGUGCUUGGGAAAUCCCUUAAAGAGUCUAACUUUAGUAAUGGAUAGUUUAUCCCUUAAGCUUCAUCAUUUAAGUUGACUACUAAUGCACAGAUCUCACAAAAUAAUAAAAAAUAUAGGCUUACUAGACAUCCAACAGCUAUAGCAGAUGAAUCUGCUAAUAAGCGUAUUCAAAACUUUGUAGAGGACUUUUCCUCAAGCAAUAUCAACGGAUCAGGGUAAAAGAAAUAGAGAAGCAAAGCCACUACUUUCUAUAAGCUGCUUUAGGAAGGUGGUUAUAUUAAAGAAACAGUUAAAAUGAACAAGGACAGAAAGAGAGCUUGGCACAUCAGUAAGAUCAAAUCAAACUUAGACUCUGAUUUCUCAUCUGAUAGUGAUUGA